AUGGCUGGAGUGUACAGUGCGCGCAGUACGAGAUGAGCUUUUCGUAAGGAGGUUGUCGAAAAAUACGGCCUACGGACAUGUUUCUCGUGGUAUUUCAGAUGCUGUACUUAUUCGGCAAAUACAUUUACAAUAAUUAUCGCGAUAGAAAGGCUCCUUCGAGCGAUGUCGCGGAAGGAGAAACGGCGAAUCAUGUCGUCAACAACGAUAACAGAAUCCAAGUUGAAAUUGAUGAUGCAGAGCUUCUGCCGUUGGAAAUAUCACAGAUUGUGAAAUUCUCGCCACCGGCGUAUAUACAGAGGUAUUUAGCUGUGGCGAAUGUACUCAACGAUCCUAAGUACGGGGGAAAAUUGCGGAAGGUUGUGGAUUUUGGAUGUUCAGAGCUAGGUUUCCUGCCCUACUUGAAAAAUCUUAAAGGAGUGGAGGAGAUAAUCUUUGUCGAUGUGGAUAGAAAUGUUCUGCUACUUAAUAAAGCUAAAGCUAUGCCACUAGUUUCUGAUCACUUUCAGCAUCGACAAAGACCGCUUAAGAUUGAGAUAUGCAUGGGCAGUGUGAUACACAAUGACAAGAAGUUGGAGAAAACUGAUGCUGUGGUGUGCAUUGAAUUAAUCGAGCAUUUGUACGAUCAUGUGUUGCUCACUGUUCCUAUCAAUAUCUUUCAAUACAUCAGACCAAAGGUAGUAGUGAUAACAACGCCAAAUGUAGAAUUCAAUGUACUAUUCCCGAAUCUCGCUGGUGGGUUCAGACACCAGGAUCAUAAAUUCGAAUGGACAAGAAGACAGUUCCAGAGCUGGGCGGAGAAUAUCGUGAGGAAGUACCCGUAUUACUGCGUGAAGUUCCAAGGGAUCUGCUACGGACCCGAAGACACGAAACACUUGGGCGCGUGCACGCAGAUGGCAAUAUUCGAACGGGUCCAGGAACCAAAUAUCAUAGGAAUAGAAGGAGUGGAAGGAUUCUUCGAGACAAUAGAUACAUAUAUUUAUCCCUUCACCGUGGACAAGCGUACGGACAGCCGGAAGGUGUUAGAUGAAGUGUUAUAUUAUGUCAAUUUCUUAGCGCAUGAGAAUGAGGAAUCACCGAACGUGGUUUAUCUAGCUAAGGUGAAGACACUGAUGAAGAAAUAUUGCAUAUCGUUAGAGGUAUUAAAAGACAUUAUGUGUGAACAUGGUUACAUUAUCGAAGAGCGUGAGAAUGGCCUGGCGGUAAUUCUUCCUGACGAAAGCGAAACCGAUGAGAUGUACGUGGAAGUCAACUCGGAAUAUGAUGGAUCAACUAUUGGAUCGGAUCAACUAUUGGACUUGCUAUCUAGCGAAGACGAGCAAUUAGUGGAAGAUUACAGUACAAAUGGAGAUGCUGAAUACGAAAAUGAAAAUUGGAAUAAUGAGUCCAUCAUUAUCUUGGAGAGUCAAGCUGUUCCCAAACAAGAAAAUAGUUAUUUAUUUGAUGGGGAACAUUCAGCAGACCGUUAUCAUCCAUCCGAAGAAAUGGCUGCAGCUCCUGAUAUCAGGUUUCCAAGAAGAAACAAUACGGAAGGACUGAUCGAACAAAAAGUUCCGCGAAAUGCCACUUCAAGCGCGGUGAACGACUUAGUUGAUAAUAUUGCAACGUAUAAUAAUAGCAUAAAAUCCGGUUUGCUGCCGGUUACGUUGGAGGACGUCGAUAUGAAUUUGAGCAGUGUACAGGAUAAUGAUGACGCAAUUUUUCAAUCGUAUUUGUCUAUUUCCCGCUCCUCGACAUCACCAGGUCUUCUAUUUAAUCCCGAAAUGGACGACUCGUUGAUUUCCCAGAAUUUGUUAAAUAACACUUUUAACAAAUCUGAAAUAACGGCAACUACGAUUGGAAAACCUGUGGAAAACUGUUCCUCAAUCGGAACAUUUUUUCUGGAAGAAAAAGACUUUUCAGAUCAUUCACCUUCGAGUUCUCUCGAGGUAAAUUAUAGUAGUAACGUCGAGCUAGAUGACAUUCAGCUAUCGAUCAAUCGAAUCUCAAAAGAUUGCGAUUCAGCAGAGACGGAGUUGCAAAUUAACUUUUACGAUGAGCCACAAUCAACGAGCUCACCUAGAAAAGUACAUUACAUUAAUCCCUCACCUAAGAAAGUGCACGCUACUCAUAGCACUAAGCGGAGCUGUUUGGAAGGUGACGACUUGAUAACCGCAUUGGAGAGUUAUACCGAAUUAAAUUCGCCAGAAACACCCGAGCAGGUUGUACCGGACGUACUAGAAGGCAUUGAUCAAGAGCCUUUGUAUGUUACAGAAACAACUGAUCCGUUUCAGGCAACCUCUGACAAAAAGAACGCCACUUCUAAGCGCGAAACUGACUGUUCGUCUAGCAAUAACUCACAGCGAGAGUUGCGCUUAGAGAAUAAUGUAAAAUCGUGCGGCGACCAAUCUACCCUCGUAGACUCGCUGCAAGAAGACUGCAACGAGGAAAUCGCAGAAAAGGAGAAUCUAAUCAAACAUGAGACUGAUGAUAUCGUGGAUGUAAAAAGAAUAGAAUAUCGCGGGUCAAAAGUAGCGGCUAUGAAACCGCAUAGCGAUGACACGCGUCUGAGAAACGGGAAAAGCGAAGGUCUCGCGAGUGUAAGCGGCGAGAAUUUGUUCCAGGAUUUUUCGAAUAGCAAAUCUUGGAGCAGCAGCGACGAACGCUCUUCGUCAGUGUGUGCCAAAGAGAACAAUGGUUUGGUGGAUAGUUUUAAAUCGUGUGACGAGGAAGAUGUAAGUAAUAAGAUAGUACAGUUCGCGUCACCGCCGAAGAGUGAUACGAAGGACUCUACUUGUAAGGAUGUAAAUACAUCGAGCAGCACCGAGGCUAAACCACCUUCCUCUCCCAGCUUCGAAUCCCCUCCGGAUAGUUGGUCGCACGAGAUCAUGGAUUCCGGUUACCCAAAUUCAGCCUCCGGCCAGGACAUCACGCCGGAGAACGACCUGUCCAGCAUAGCCCAGGAUCAUAUAGCCGACACGGAGGCACCGAGACUUGGCGUUCCGGAGCCGGUCGAGGUGGAGAACGGCGACCUUGCGAACAACAACAGGGACGACGAAGGCAACAACAUGAUGGCUGCGGACGCGAAUGACAUUGAGGGUUUGCAGCCGCUCAUCGAUGUGCUCGAGAACGAUCUCGAGAAUGAGAAUGAUAUCUACGUGUUGGAGAAUGGUUUUCCCAUGUGGCUGCUGAGAAUAUUGGACAUGGCGAAUCCGCUUGACUUCGAUGUGCAACCUCGACGGAAUCUUCAUCGCGAAGUUGCAGAUGUUCACUAUAUGGACCACGACGAAGGUUUCGAUAGCAGUUCCUCCGAUGAAUGAUAACGAUACAUUCGAAGGAGGAGAUGGGGAAUGAUAACGAGCUUGGUGAACAAACAAAAUUUCUUAAUCUUAAUAGUGGAGAAGGGAAGUGAGGAAUAACGAUGGAUAUAUAUGUAUACAUAUGUGUGUGUAUAUAUAUACACAUAUGACCGAGACGGUUCAGUGUAAGCCUACAUAUCACUUUUCGAAGCUCGCGAUAUGGCCUGCGAUGUCAGCUUUAAAGGUAAAGUUACACAUUGAAAGACAUUUUUACUUACAUUUUAGAUAUUCUGCGGACAAACUACAUGUCCUGGAGAAUAGUUCUGACAAAAUUCGAAUAAGUUUGUCGUUUAUUCAAAUUACGUUCCAAUACCUAACUACCUCCUUCUACGCGUAUUUUUUUUUUUACAGCUUUGUUCACAUAUAAUAUUAAAUAUUUCAAUUCGAUUAUAUAAAAUGUAAUAUUUUACAUAAUGGUAAGGCAAAUCUGGUGAUCAUUUGACAGAUAUUUUGCGAUAAAGAUAAUUUAUUAUUUUGUUUUUGUUCUACAAUAAGCUACAAUAAGCAUGUAUAUUUCUUUCCAUUUUCGUACACAUCUUAUUUUUUUCUUGCGAAAUUCAAGAUAUAACUGUAAAAAUUUUGUCACACGGUUUCUUUGUAACAUAACGUAUUAAUUAAUGAAUGAUUAAUAAUGAGGAAAUAUCAUACGUUUCUUUCUCACUGAAAUUUAAAAGUUGAAAUAUCAAAACUUCGUACUUAUUAAAUAUAUAUAUAUAUAUUUUUACUAUUCAACACUUUUUUAUCGAAUUAAUUGACCAGAUGUCGCAAAGUUUCCAAUGGAGUCUUUCAUCUCUUGAUGUAACAUACGAGAGUUUAUUAACAUGUUAAGUUUUUUAAGUACAUUAGAUAGGUCUAAUAUACAUGUAUAUGCGACAUCUGAUACUUAAUUAAAUGUCCUAUCUACCAAGGUGAUAAAUUGCUAAUGUUGAAACUUGUGAUUAUUUGAUAUAAUUUAUUGAAGCUUCCUACAUACCUAAGACUGAAAUUGUAUAUAAUUACGUUCGCGAUGAUGCAAGGACUUUGGGACAAAUAAAUCGAUAUGGAAUCUGGA